AUGGAAAAGAAUAUCAGUCACAUAUGUAACUUUGUGGACCGCACGAGUAUAUUGAUAAUGAAACUUUUGUAACUUAAUGACUGGAGUCCCGUAAUUUCAAUUAGUAUUGGCAUAUAAAGGAUAUUUCAUUUUUCUAAAAUUCUUUUAAAAACGCUGAAAUAAUUCUCUUGGCAUUGCGAUCGAAUUUAAAGCAAAAGAUCGAAUAACAUAUUCAUUUUUGAAUGAAUAGCAAAUAUAAAGUGAACAACUUCAAACACAAAAUCACAUGUGAAUUUUAAAUAAAGAUUUUCUAAAUAAAAAAAACAUCGAAAUCUGUUGCAGCAGCAAAGACAAAUUUAAAUGUGGGGGAGUAUGGCGGUACCACAGUCGGAGGCGGAAACGGAUCCCCAUAUGCAACCACGGCGAACGGUCCUGUAAACUGUCUUACCGGCGGGCCUAUGGCCGGUAUUGCAGGUAACUUCAACAAUACUGGCCGAACCAACUUUACGAACAAGCAACUUACGGAACUCGAAAAAGAAUUUCACUUCAACAAGUACCUGACCAGAGCAAGGCGCAUUGAAAUCGCGUCAGCGUUACAAUUAAACGAAACGCAAGUAAAAAUAUGGUUUCAAAACAGGAGAAUGAAGCAGAAGAAGAGAAUGAAGGAAGGCUUAAUACCAGCUGAUAAUACGACUGUGACGCCGCUUAGUGGCGCCAGAAGUUCGAGUAAUUCACCGACUAGUUCUUCAAGUCACGAAACUAGUGGUCUUGGAUUAUCUAAUUUUACGAGCGACAAUAGUCGGGAGUCUCCACCUUCGUCUUCGAAAGAUUGA